CUGCGGCCCGUCCGUCCGCCCCGGCGGCCCCGGGGACAUGGUGCCGGGAUGGCCCGGCCCGCCGACACCUUCCCGCUGCACCGGCUCGUCUGGCACAACCGGCACCAGGCGCUGGACAGCGCCCUGCGCGCGGGGACGCACGAUGUGGAGCUGACGGACCCCCGUGGCCGGACGCCCCUGGAACUGGCCGUGUCCCUGGGCCACCUGGAGUCGGUGCGGGUGCUGCUGCGGCACAACGCCAACGUGGGCCGGGAGAACGCCAACGGAUGGACAGUGCUGCAGGAGGCCGUGAGCACGGGGGACCCCGAGAUGGUGCAGCUGGUGCUUCAGUACCGUGACUACCAGCGGGCGACGCGGCGGCUCGCCGGCAUCCCAGAGCUGCUCAGCAAGCUCCGGCGGGCAUCCGACUUCUAUGUGGAGAUGAAGUGGGAGUUCACCAGCUGGGUGCCGCUGGUGUCCAAGGUGUGUCCCAGUGACGUGUACCGCGUGUGGAAGCGCGGCGAGAGCCUGCGGGUGGACACCACCCUGCUGGGCUUCGAGCACAUGACGUGGCAGCGCGGCCGCCGCAGCUACAUCUUCAAGGGGGAAGACGAGGGGGCCGUGGUGAUGGAGGUGGACCACGACAAGCAGGUGGUGUACACGGAGACGCUGGCGCUGGCCCUGCACGAGCCCGACCUGCUGCUGGCGGCCAUGCAGCCCACAGAGGAGCACGUGGCCGGCAGGCUCACCUCCCCCAUCGUCUCCACGCAUCUGGACACCCGGAAUAUUGCCUUCGAGAGGAACAAGUCUGGGAUCUGGGGCUGGCGUUCGGAGAAGAUGGAGGUGGUCAGCGGCUACGAGGCCAAGGUGUACAGUGCCAGUAAUGUGGAGCUGGUCACCAAGACCAGGACAGAGCAUCUCUCGGACCAGGACAAGUCACGCAGUAAAGGCUCCAAGACCCCCUUCCACUCCUUCCUGGGCAUCGCACAGCAGCACAGCACCCACAACGGGGCGCCCGUGCUGCAGGCUGCCAGCCCCACCAACCCCACGGCCAUCACCCCUGAGGAGUACUUCGACCCCCACUUCGACCUCGAGACCCGCAACAUCGGGCGCCCCAUCGAGAUGUCCAGCAAGGUCCAGAGGUUCAAGGCAACGCUGUGGCUGUGCGAGCAGCACCCGCUGUCGCUGGCGGAGCAGGUGACGCCCAUCAUCGACCUCAUGGCCAUCUCCAACGCCCACUUCGCCAAACUGCGCGACUUCAUCACCCUCAAGCUGCCCCCUGGCUUCCCCGUCAAGAUCGAGAUCCCCCUGUUCCACGUGCUCAAUGCCCGCAUCACCUUCAGCAACCUGUGUGGGUGUGACCAGCCGCUGGGCUCCGUGCGGAUCUGUGCCCCCCAACAGCCCCCCGGCGCCCACCCCCCCGGCACCAACCCCCCUGGGCCCAGAGCCUGGCCGUUCCCAUGCGAGGUGGAGGCGGGUGUGUUCGAGGUGCCUGCGGGGUACACGGUGCUGGGCGCGGGGCGCAGCGAGCCCCUGCGGGAUGAGGACGAUGACCUGCUGCAGUUCGCCAUCCAGCAGAGCCUGCUGGAUGCCGGCACCGAGACCGACCAGGUGACCAUCUGGGAGGCGCUGACCAACACCCGACCGGGCGCGGAGCCACCGCCCUACGACGAGGACCUGCAGCUGGAAAGGGCCCUGCAGGAGAGCAUGCUGCUGCAGGCCAGGCCCAGCGCCGACCCCCCGGCCGCCGGGAGCCCCCCCGGUGCAGGUGGCGGGAGCCCCCCGGGCCCCCCCGGGUACAGCACCUUUGCAGAGCAGCUGCGCCUGGCCAUGGCCCUCUCGGAGCGGGAGCAGGAGGAGCGGGAGCGACGGCGGCGUGAGGAGGAUGAGGAGCUCCAGCGCAUCCUGCGCCUCUCCCUCACCGAAAAGUAGUGCCGGGACACUCUGCACCAGGACAGGAAUGUCCCGCAUUGGGACAGGGAUGUCCCAUGUGGGGUAACACCAUGCAGGGACACGGAUGUCCCACGUGGGGACACACCCCUUGCAGGGACAGGGACACCCGACCCAGGGGACUCCUCAGUUUGGGCAUAGCCCUGCCGGGGUGGCCCCCCCAUGAUGGGGACCCCCUGAUGUGGGCACAGCCCCCACACGGGGGGAUUUGAUCCAGGGAUCCUCCUACCCCCAGGACCCCCAGUCCAGGGCUCCUCUCCCGCCAGGCUCAAACCUCAGCCCAGGGACCCUCACCUGGGGACCCCCACCCCAGGAACACCCCAACUUCCAGGACUCCCUCCCCUGGGACCUCCCUCCUCUUUAAUGUUGUACCUUGACCCCCUGGGGGGCAGGACGGCCCCGAGGGAUGUGGGUGACCCCUAUUUAAAGGUACUCCAGUGGGGGAGCUGCCAGGGGACCCCCAGGCCUCAUCCCUUGGGGCAGUGGGGGAAGCAGGGGGGGGCCGAGUGUCUGUACAUAUACAUAUACAUAUACAUAUAUA